AUGGGGGAAGAGAAAGUGGCGGUGGCACCGCCAUCAACCCCUGGUGCCGUUGGUGGAGGAGGCGGAGAAAUUAAUGUAGCUCAGCCCAUGGGUGCGCCGCCACCAACGGCUCUGGCGCCGGGUUUCCGAUUUCAUCCCACAGAUGAGGAAUUAGUAAGGUAUUAUCUGAGGAGGAAGAUUUGUGGGAAGCCCUUUAGGUUUCAAGCGGUUACUGAGAUCGAUGUUUACAAAUCUGAGCCCUGGGAACUCGGACGUUUUUCAUCUGUCAAGUCUAGGGAUCUGGAGUAUUUCUUUUUCAGCGCCCUUGACAAGAAGUAUGAGAGUGGGUCUCGCCUGAAUCGCACCACCGGAAAUGGAUACUGGAAAACCACCGGCAAGGAUCGUUUAGUCCGUCAUAAGGAUCAGACAAUUGGGUUGAAGAAAACACUGGUUUUCCAUGGUGGGAGAGCGCCUUGUGGGAAAAGGACAAAUUGGGUGAUGCAUGAGUACCGACUGGUGGAUGAAGAGCUGAAAAGAGCUGGAGUGGCACAGGAUGCAUUUGUCCUCUGUAGAAUUUUCCACAAGUGUAAUCUUGGUCCUCCAAAUGCUGAUCGUUAUGCGCCGUUUUUGGAUGAGGAAUGGGAUGAUGAUGAUGAUCAUACAACUCUCUUCAUCCCUGGAGCCGCGCAAAUGGAGAAAUCGGAGGCACCGAACCCACGCAAAUGGUUGAUGAAGGAGAAAUUGGAGAUACUGGAGCCGCGCAAAUGGUUAGUGCAGAAUAAAAGGCCUACGCAAGAUGAUCAAAGCUCGAGCCGGGCAAAUGGUUCGGAGGAUUCUACUACUUCUAGACAGAAUCCUACAACAACGAGGAUUAUGAAUAAGGCUUCUGGUCAGUGUGAUCAUCCAAGUCAGCCUCCCAAGGGAAUACCAUUUAUUUGCAAUAGGGUGAAAUCAAAGGAGCCGGCGCCAGAGCCUCUCUCUUUAGGGCAAACUAAAAGGCCUCGGCAAGAUGAUCAUAGCUCGAGCCACACAAAUGGUUCGGAGGACUCGACUACUACCAGCCAGAAACCUACAACAAUGAUGAUUAUGAAUAAGGCUUCUGGUCAGUGUGGUCAUCCAAUUCAGCCUCCCCAUGGAAUACCAUUUAUUUGCAAUAGGGUGAAAUCAAAGGAGACGGAAUCUCUCUCUUUAGGGCAAACUAAAAGGCCUCGGCAAGAUGAUCAAAGCUCGAGCCACCCAAAUGGUUCGGAGGACUCUACUACUGCCAGUCAGAAACCUGCAACGAUGAUGAUUGUGAAUAAGGCUUCUGGUCAGUGUGGUCAUCCAAGUGAGCCUCCACAGAGAAUACCAUUUAUUUGCAAUAGGGAGAAAUCAGAGGAGCCGAAGCCUUUCUCUUUAGGGCAAAAUAAAGGGCCUGGGCAAGAUUAUCAAAGUUCUAGCCACGCAAAUGGUUCGAAUCACUCUACUGCUACCGGUCAGGAACCUACAAGAAUGAUGGUUAUGAGGAACAAGGCUCCUGGUCAGUGUGAUCAAACAAGUGAGCCUCCUCAGCGAAUACCAUUCAUUUGCAACAGGGAGAAAUUAGAGGAGCCGGAGCCGGAGCUGGAGCCUCUCUCUUUAGUGCCACAUAAAAGGCCGAGGGAAGAUGAUCCAAGCUCCAGCCAGACAAAUGGUUCAGAGGACUCUACUACUACGAGCCGGGAACCUGCAACAAUGAUGAUUAUGAAUAAGGCUCCUGGCCGGUGUGAUCAUCCAAGUGAACCUCCUCGGGGAAUAACAUUCAUUUGCAACAGGGAGAAAUCAGAGGAGCCAGAGCCUCUCCCUUUAGGGCAACAUAAAAGGCCGAGGCAAGAUGAUCCAAGCUCCAGCCAGACCAAUGGUUCAGAGGACUCUGAUACUACUUCGAGUCAGGAACCUACUACAAUGAUGAUGACGACAGAUAAUGUUUCUUCUUCACUUUUAGAAUUUCCUUUACUAGAAUCCGUAGAACCUAAAGAAAGCCAGCCAGCAAGCACAGCUACAUUUGACUCUUCCAGUCUCGAGAAAUCUGUGCCUCCUGGCUUCUUGAAAUUCAUUAGUAAUUUAGAGAAUGAGAUCAUGGAUGUAUCCAUGGAGCGGGAAGCUUUGAAGAUUGAAGUGAUGCGAGGGCAAGCCAUGAUUAACAUCCUUCAAUCACGCAUUGAUCGCUUGAACAAGGACAAUGAAGACUUGAGAAGACUUGUUCGAGGAGUCUAG